AUGUACAGACCUACGUGGGCGCAUUCGACUCCGGCUGGCCCUCAGCGGUGGCAGGAGAGUUGGGCUCGCCUGCUUACUCCUUUGACCCUUUGGAUAUGUGUAUCAGUGAGCAUUCGAUAUGGUUACUAUGGAGAUAACCGCAUCACGCUUGGCCCGAGCUCGUCUCGCAUGAUCAAGGCUAGUUCUGUUUUUGUACAACAAGUUGAAGUGAGAGAUGUUGACAAGAAAGGGGUUUCUCUCUAUGCUCUUUCUGAAGAGCCUAAGUUGAGCCAACAGGUGAAUUGGAAUGUGUCUAACUACUUGAUCAUUGGGGCCUAUAAUCGCAAGGGAUAUUCUUUCUGGUUAAACAAGGGUUCAAGUAUAUCCAUGAGAUUGGAAGCUCACCCUACUCAUGUAAAUCAACUCCAAGUUGUCAUGCUUAAAGGGGAAAGGAAACUUGAGAUACUGCAGCCGAAACAAACAAGUUCUGUGAAUUCCUAUAAUGAAUCCGAAAUUGGUAAAGAAGCUGAAUUUAGCAUUGAGGAAGAUGACAGGUACUACCUUGACAUCACAAACACAAAUCCUAAAAGCAUAAUCAUAACAGUGAAUGUAAAUGUCUCCUCAAAGAUGUAUGAUACUACGAAAGCUAAGGCCAUCUGCUCGACAGCAACUAAAGGUUCUUCGUGCCAGCUCAGGCUUACAUUCCCCAAUACUCACUAUGUCAUACUGACGACACCUAACAAUGGGGAUCUUCUUGGAUGGUACAUCGAGCUUUCUUUUGUGGCUCGUGUGAUAACAUACAUUGGAAUUUUAGGGUUUAUAGUGGUCAUGAUCUUUCUAAUAUUGAAGUACCUCGGCGCCUGUGAUGUUGAGAGUAGUACUGUAGUAGAACACUCAAGACAAGAAAUUAGUGAGACUUACCCUAUAGUGCCGCCCAAGACAGUUCCACAAACAUAUGGUACAAAUGAAGAAGAUGAUGAUUCGGGAGCUUCGAGUAGCUCCUCAGAGGAAUUAUAUGAUGAGAAGCUAUGCGUGAUAUGUUAUGAUGAGCAGCGUAACUGCUUCUUUGUUCCUUGUGGUCACUGUGCAACCUGCUACGACUGUGCUCAGAGGAUUAUGGAUGGGGAAAGUAAGGUGUGUCCCAUAUGUAGAAGGCUCAUUCACAAAGUGAGAAGAUUGUUUCACUCUUAAUUAUAAGCUGAGGUCUUUGAUUGUGAAUUUGUGUGAUUAGUACGUUUGAUAGGAAUUUUCUUUGUCUGGAAAGAGAGAUUUAAUAUAGUAGGGUAUCUGUAUAGAGUGAGUACCAAAAAACUCGUCACCAAAUCUGCUCCCUGUUUGCACAAUAAGCCACUUGAAGAUCACUGUCUCGGAUCAAGCUAUACUGAAGUGGAUAGUGGGUGACAAACUGAGAUCAUGAGAAAGCUAAGUCCUCAGAUGACCAUGUAGCUCAUGUUAUAUAUGCUUAAUUUAGAUACUUUCACUGAGAGAAUGGAGAUUGCAGGUCUUCGGAAAUUUAACCACUUGGAGAUGUAUAUAGUUUCUCGGAUUCUAGUUUCUCCCAACUUAGUUUGUUAAGAAGAAAAAAGCAAGAACCCACUUUUGUGGGCAUAUUCAAAGAUUAGUUAUGAAAUUCAGUUUAACAUCUCACUGGUAUGCUUCAGCUGUUACUGAGAUCACUGUAUUUUCUUCUUAUGCUGAUAUGAAAUUUGUAUGGUAGACAAUGUCUUUAACCCUGAAAUUCAAAUACCUAAACUAUGCACUUAUGCAGUUAGUAUUUGUGGA